AGGAUAUGCUGGACAGCUUUGGUGAAACCUUCUCGCAAGGCCCUGGUUCCACUCCGGGUAGUCGGACCGCGCCUAACUAUGGGAACCUCUACUUGGAUGGCCUCAUCACAAACAUAGACACACAUGGACAGCCACGGACGUCCUGUGUGUUGUGGUCACGAAAUCCAUGGUUCAACCAGAGUCUCACCAAACCGUCCAAACCGGCCAUCUUGGAGGUACCAACGACCGAGGUUCGGUCCAAGGCGUAUAUCUCUACAACCAGAAGGAAUUUAAAUAUGAAACCAAUUUUAUUGGAUUAUACACUCAAGAAGGAGUCCAGCCCAAUUGGAAUCGAGCAAACAUAUUCACGGAGCAAGAAGUUAUGAAUUUUACAAGUCAGAGGUUUUCCAGCCCGUCCAUCUGCGCGUAUCCGACUUUAGAAGGAAAUUCCAGCCCAAGGAAGGAGCGACCUGAACCAAAGCCCAUCAUAGGAUUCAAGAGGGAUCUCUCAGGUUUCCAUAAAGCCGAAGAUCAGGAAAAAUGGCCCCGGAAUUUUGAAGUUAUGAUCCAAUCUCCAAAACCGGUCAAACCAGUUCUACACUUGCCUCAAUUGGAAGCUAACCGGUUCAAUCAGCUUCAAACUAGACAUUGGCGACCAGGAGAUAUAUCUAUGCAUUCAGAAAGUCUAUCCAAUGGUCCAGAAGAGUCAUACAAGUUCAUUCCAUGCACCAGCCCACAUAGGAUCAGGAGGAUCCUCAUUAACCCCAACUUGCCUUAUUUGGAGCUUCUUGCCAUCCAGCUCCAACAGCUCUUUUUCUUUCAGAUUAGGCACGCCUCAGCACCCUCAAAACCAUAAAGAAGGUUCCCAGGAAGCUUAGUUAUCCCCUCAAACCGUCCAGAUACAAGGAGAACACCAUCUACAUUCAUUUGGCCAAGAUUCUCAUCAUAAAGCCUCCAACGGCUAGUUUUCAUGGAGCCAUCAAUUCCUUUGCUUCCAAGUUUAUUAUUUCGACUUUAUUAGUUUCCUUAUGUCAUUUUAUGACUGUUAGAGAGUCCCAGUAGUCGAGCCUAUAAAGCUCAAGUUGUUUCUUCAUUGUAAAUCCCCCUUGAACUUUUAUGAAUGAAAAUACAGUUUUUCUAGUUUCUCAAAAACUAUUGUUCUAAGUCUUAGAGUAUUGUGAGAAGCAGCUCUUGAGCAUCCAGACUUAUCAAAGCCUCCUUUCACAGAGCUUUGUGGCGUCCAUCAUCCCAUUUCCAUCCACCAAUCGAUCUUGAGAGUGAUACACAUCCAGCAAGACCGGUUCCAUCUUCAUUCAUCUUCCAUCCAUCGAUCCUUGUUGAGAGUGAUACACAUCCAGCAACAAAGAUCCCAUAUUCAUCAAUCUAUCAUUUUUCUAUUUGUUUUUAUUCAUAGUAUCAUUUUGAUUCAUAUUCAUAUUUGCUUCUGUUUGCAUUAUAAAACUAAAAACUCAUAAAAAUCGGUUCUCUUUGUUUUCAGGUUUAAACCUUGGUUCCACCAUUCUAUUAAUUCGUGGAUUACCCCCCUGUGCCUACAACAUUUUGGUAUCAGAGCUGAAGCUCCUGAAUCAGAUCACUGUAUCCUUGCAUCAUUCAUAUUUGUUUGCAUUUGUUUUCAUUUAAAAAAAAAAACAGUUUUUGCAUUGUUAUUGUUGUUCUUAAGAAAAGAAAACUAAAGAAGAAGGAGUUGUCUAGUUUGAUCCACGAAAUUCUUUUGAAAUACUUGUCUAGUUGUUUGCAUUCAUUCCCCCAGCUCCACUUGCCAUAUUUAGAUUUUGUGCAUUCAUUUAAAAAAAAAAAAAUCUGCAUUUUCAUAUUUGUUUCUUGCAUAAGAAAAUUCAAAAAAAAAAUAAGUGUUUGUUUUCUUUCCAUAUUUUCUUUUCACUUGUGUUAAUUGUCAUUCCAUAUUGAUUCAUUUCGUUUUUGCAUUGAGAAAACCAAAAGAAAAAUUAUUUUAGCAUAGUUUAUUUCAUUUCGGUUCAUAAUUGUAAUUUUUCGGUUUAAUUUUAAUUAGCUUGCAUUUUUGGUUCUUAUUUUGAUUCGACCAGGAUUUUUCCAUACCUUCACUUGAUCUUUGAGAGUGUUUUCAGGAAGCCAUGGUAGGAAAAACACACGGCCAAAGUCAGAUGGCCAAACAGAACCAACAGUUGACAGCUUUGCAAGAGAUCAAUGAUCGGAUUGCUCAGUUGAGGAAAAGAAACAAGGCACGAGUCCAACGUCCACAGCAAGGAGAAAGGAGAUUUGGAGAUGCACCAGAGGCUGUCUAUGUUGAGCCCAAGCCACCAGAUCCUUCAAGGAUCAAUCAACAUCCAACUUCUCAAACCCAUACUCAUCAUGUUGCUAAUUCUCGGUUUGAUCAUAAAUCUUUUGCUGAUAAAAUUGAACUCUUUACAUUUUCAGGAGGAAGAAGCUACCUAUUUUGGGAGAGGAACCUUGAUGAAUGGUUUCACUACAACAACAUUCUGAAAGAAGAGAGACUAUCUUAUGCCAUUGAUCAACUAAGAGGUAAUGCCUUUAAAUGGUGGGUACAAGAAGAAGAUGAUAGAUUGUUUUACAAGGAGCCAGCUAUCAAAACGUGGAGAGACCUUAAGGAAGUCAUGAGGGAUGAAUUUUCACCAGAACUCACAAGUUCUAAGAUCCGAAAGAUAUACCCAAGGAGGUAUCUAACUCAUGUUUCCAAAGAAAAGCCAGAACCUGUUAUUGUCCAAGUAAUGGCUAAGGUAAGUCCUAUACUUGAUAAAUCAGUUAAUGAAUCAUCUACCACUUGUAUGAGUCCCUUGUAUUUGUCCAAGAAUGUUAAGACAGGUCCUGAGGUCCAGAAAGAGACGAACUCAACAUCCUUGUUGAGAUCAAAAGUUGUCCAUGAUUUAAGUCCAAAAGACAAAGAGAUUUUAAACACAAAUAAAGAAGAGCCAACAAGCCAAGGUAAGUCUUCUAACUCUGAGAAUUUGAAAUAUCAGACAUGUUAUAGAUGUCAUAAGAAAGGACACUAUGCUGUAGUUUGUCCUACUAAGCAAGCAUUGAUAGAAACAUCACUAGAAGAGAAAACAGAUUUAUCUAUGAAAAGUGAUAGUUUUAUUCAAUCUGAUUUAUUGGUUCCAAGAUCUUGUGUAAUGCACUUGUCUUUGUCAAAAGGUGUUGUAACAGGACUUAAGGAGCAAGAAUUCAAAAGAAAGAAAUCACCAGGCGUCACCCUUGUGAUAGACCAGAAGAUGGCUCAAGACACAAAGUUGUCCAUGUUGCUUAAAGAAGCAAAACCGGUCAUAAAAGUAUCCCACCAAGGUAAGUUUCUAACACCACCUUUGGAUACUAGUAGUGACGUGUGUGUUCUUGGUACAGGGAGAACAAAUGAAAGCUAUAAGCUUAUUGUAGUUCCAAAGAAAGAACCAGACCCUAAGCUCAGCCAUGAACCCACUUCUAAGUGGAAACCGAAAUCUGAACAAUCCAUUGUUCAAGUUCCAAAACCUAUGGUAAGAUUCCUUUUAGAUCAGAAUAUUCUUAAUAUUUCAAUGACAGAUAUAAUGCACUUGCUUUUUGUCCAGAAUGUUGAGAAUUUUUCAGGUUGCAAAGAAGAAAGCUUCAAAGAAAUCCCACCAGAUUAUCUUAUGUUGCUAGGAGGAUCAACUCCAAAGAUGAUCAGAAACGUGGCCACCAAAAAUUUGAAGGACCAUCAACUCCAGAGGAUAAGAAAUGACCAUUUCCAGAGCAGAGGCGUGAUCCAUUCCUAUUUUUUCAAAGGAUAACCACCUGAUACAAAUUCCAUUCCCAAACCGAAACAGUUUCAAGGUAAGGUUUUAGAAUCUCAAAAGAGGAUGAAAGCUGACUUGCUCUAUCUUGGUGCAGGUUACAUAGUUUCGAGGUCGAAACCUUGUCAAGAGGGAGGGGAUGUUGUGGUCACGAAAUCCAUGGUUCAACCAGAGUCUCACCAAACCGUCCAAACCGUCCAUCUUGGAGGUAUCAACGACCGAGGUUCGGUCCAAGGCGUAUAUCUCUACACCCAGAAAGAAUUUAAAUAUGAAACCAAUUUUAUUGGAUUAUAAACUCAAGAAGGAGUCCAGCCCAAUUGGAAUCGAGCAAAACUAUUCACGGAGCAAGAAGUUAUGAAUUUUACAAGUCAGAGGUUUUCCAGCCCGUCCAUCUGCGAGUAUCCGACUUUAGAUGGCAAUUCCAGCCCAAGGAAGGAGCGGCCUUAACCAAAGCCCAUCCUAGGACUCAAGAGGGAUCUCUCAGGUUUCCAUAAAGCCCAAGAUCAGGAAAAAUGGCCCCGGAAUUUUGAAGUUAUGAUCCAAUCUCCAAAACCGGCCAAACCAGUUCUACACUUGCCUCAAUUGGAAGCUAACCGGUUCAAUCAGCUUCAAACUAGACAUUGGCGACCAGGAGAUAUAUCUAUGCAUUCAGAAAGUCUAUCCAAUGGUCCAGAAGAGUCAUACAAGUUCAUUCCAUGCACCAGCCUACAUAGGAUCAGGAGGAUCCUCAUUAACCCCAACUUGCCUUAUUUGGAGCUUCUUGCCAUCCAGCUCCAACAGCUCUUUUUCCUUCAGAUUAGGCACGACCUCAGCACCCUCCAAACCAUCAAGAAGGUUCCCAGGAAGCUUAGUUAUCCCCUUAAACCGUCCAGAUACAAGGAGAACACCAUCUACAUUCUUUGGCCAAGAUUCUAAUCAUAAAGCCUCCAACGGCUAGUUUUCAUGGAGCCAUCAAUUCCUUUGCUUCCAAGUUUAUUAUUUCGACUUUAUUAGUUUCCUUAUGUCAUUUUAUGACUGUUAGAGGGUCCCAGUAGUCGAGCCUAUAAAGCUCAAGUUGUUUCUUCAUUGUAAAUCCCCCUUGAACUUUUAUGAAUGAAAAUACAGUUUUUCUAGUUUCUCAAAACUAUUGUUCUAAGUCUUAGAGUAUUGUGAGAAGCAGCUCUUGAGCAUCCAGACUUAUCAAAGCCUCCUUUCACAGAGCUUUGUGGCGUCCAUCAUCCCAUUUCCAUCCACCAAUCGAUCUUGAGAGUAAUACACAUCCAGCAAGACCGGUUCCAUCUUCAUUCAUCUUCCAUCCAUCGAUCCAUGUUGAGAGUGAUACACAUCCAGCAACAAAGAUCCCAUAUUCAUCAAUCUAUCAUUUUUCUAUUUGUUUUUAUUCAUAGUAUCAUUUUGAUUCAUAUUCAUAUUUGUUUCUGUUUGCAUUAUAAAACUCUAAAAACUCAUAAAAAUCGGUUCUCUUUGUUUUCAGGUUUAAACCUUGGUUCCACCAUUCUAUCAAUUCGUGGAUUACCCCCGUGUGCCUACAACACAAUUUGGUAUCAGAUCC